AGGCCUGGUGGGUGUGGCUUUCGGCCGAGCAACAUGGCGCCCACCAUGCUGGUGCUGCUGGUUCCGCCGUUGCCCGCAGCCCGAGGACUUCUCCGGAACUGUUGGAAGCAGCUGCAGCGGAAACUUCUGCAGAGCCGACCAGGUUUUCCCAGUCCGCCAUGGGGACCAGCGUUAGCAGUCCAAGGUCCAGCUAUAUUUUCAGAACCAGCAAAUGAUACCAGUGGAAGUACGGAGACUUGCAGCCUUCUGGAUAGUAUAUUUUGGAUGGCAGCUCCUAAAAACAGGCGCAGCAUUGAAGUGAACCGAUGUAGGAGAAGAAACCCUCAUAAGCUUAUUAAAGUUAAGAACAAUAUAGACUUUUGUCCUGAAUGUGGUCACCUGAAACAGAAACAUGUCCUCUGUGGCUAUUGCUAUGAGAAGGUGUGCAAGGAGACAGCAGAAAUCAGAAGACAGAUAGGGAAGCAAGAGGGGGGCCCUUUCAAGGCUCCUACUGUGGAGACCGUGGUGCUGUAUUCGGGGGAGACACCCACCGAGCAGGAUCAAGGCAAGAGGAUCAUUGAGCGGGAGAGGAAGCGGCCGUCCUGGUUCACCCAGAACUGACAUCAAACAUGUUUCAAGAGGAGAGCUUCAUAUAAGACAUUUCUCCUGAAAAAGAACGAUUCUUUGCUUUGACAUUGGUUGUGUGCUUGUUUUUAAAUCAUUGACGUAGCUUCAGACAUUCUGUAUAAGCAGUUAGUUUUUUGCAGGUAAUUUGUAUCAGGAGUAAAGUCUAAAUGUUUCAGCACAGGCUCA